AUAGCAGAACACAUACAUCUGUGGCCCUGUCUCAGAUCCAGCUGUGUAGUUUCCUCUGUAGUAUCUUCUUGUCAAGCUUUUCUUUGUCACCAUGAGCACAAAGCAGGGAAUUAAGGGCUUAGGGAGCUCAGGCUCCAGCUCUGGUCAUAACUUUAGGGUUUCUUCAGGAAAAUAUAGCUCUUGUGGGUUAUAUGGUGGUGGGGCAGGAGGGAGCUUAAAAAGUGGAUAUGGCUUUAGUGGUGGGUCAGGUAAUGUUGGAGGUACCUGUGGAACAUAUGGUGGUGGGGCAGGAGGGAGCUUAAAAGGUGGAUAUGGCUUUGGUGGUGGGUCAGGUAAUGUUGGAGGUGCCUGUGGUUAUGAUGGUGGAUAUGGUUUUGGUGGUGGAUCUGGUUUUGGUGGUGCUGGCCAUGGAGCUGGCUCUGGUUUUGGACAUGGUUUUGGACAUGGUGGUGGAUCUGGUUUUGGUGGUGCCGGUCAUGGAGAUGGCUCUGGUUUUGGACAUGGAGGUGGAUCUGGCUUGGGAUUUGGAGGGGGUCAUGGGGGUGGAUAUGGAGAAGACCAAGGAAUAUUAAAUUUCAAUGAGAAGCACACCAUGCAGAAUUUGAAUGACCGUCUGGCCACAUACCUUAACAAAGUGCGAGACUUGGAGGAGGCCAAUACUGACCUAGAAAAGAAGAUCCGCCUGUGGUAUGAAUCUCAAAAACCAAAGCCAAUCAAUGACUACAGCCAUUACUUCAAAAUUAUUGAGGAUCUACAGAAAAAGAUCCACGAUGCCGCUGUUGACAAUGGCCGCGUAACACUGCAGAUUGACAAUUCUUGCCUUGCAAGUGAUGACUUUAAACUCAAAUUUGAGAACGAACUGUUCUUGCGCCACACAGUGGAGGCUGAUAUCAAUGGCCUGAGGAAGGUUCUGGAUGAUCUGACUCUCUCCAAAAGUGACCUGGAGUUACAGCUUGAGAAUCUAAGGGAUGAACUUGUCACGCUGAAGAAGAAUCAUGAAGAGGAUAUGAAGGCACUGAGUGGACAGGUCCAAGGCACUGUCAACGUGGAUAUGAACUCAGCACCAGCAAAUGACCUACAAAAAGUACUUGGAGACAUGAGACACGAAUAUGAAGCACUCAUGGCCAAAAACAAGAAGGAUUUGGAAGGAUGGUAUCAUGCUCAGACCGAAGAACUGAACCAGCAGCUGAGCAAGGAAUCACAUGACUUCAAAACCACUAAGUCUGAAGUCACAGAAUUGAGACGCACACUCCAAAACCUUGAGAUUGACCUCCAGGCACAGAAUAGCAUGAAAUGCGCUUUGGAAGGAACACUAUCAGAAACCGAGGGACGCUACUGUAUGAAGCUCUCACAAAUCCAAGAACUGAUCCAAAACGUGGAGGCAGACCUGGCAAAUAUCCGCUGUGAGAUGGAAAGUCAGAGCCAUGAGUACCAAAUUCUUCUAGAUACCAAGGCUCGUCUAGAGCAAGAAAUCAGCAUCUACCGCAACCUACUGGAUGGACAGGGAACUCAGACCUCAAAAGGUUCCCAGGAUUAUUCAUCUUCAUCGUAUCACUCAUCGGGCUCCCAGUCUGAUAAACCAGGUUCCUAUCACGUAAGAAUCAAGACUGAAGAUAAAGAUGGUCGUGUGGUCUCCAGCCAUGACCAGCACUACCAAUCUGGAUACAGAAAGUAAACACUUUCAACACUUCAAAUCAGGAGUCUCUAGUCUCUCAAUGCUUAUAGCUCAUAAAUGUAUCUUUCCUAAUUUAACAUGUCAGGAGUUCAAUGCAAAUGAUGGGUUACUGUACUUGAACAAGCAAAAAUACUCUGUACAAACAAUCACUUUAGUAGUUGCAAGAAAUGCUUUAAGUUGUCAGUCCACUCAAAACAGAUACUAACUACUGCUAUGAGUGGAUGAUGGAAUUUUUUUUAACUUACAGGCCAUUGUCUCAAAGGCUCCAACUGUAAGGCCUCGUACACACGACCGAGUUUCUCGG